CAGUCAAAAUGUUUUGGAUCCUAUUUCAUCUUCUUUUUGUCGCCAUCAACUCAUAUCGUUAAUAAUAAUAUUUAUUUUGAAUAUUGUAAGAAAAUGUUUUCAAACACCAAUUCAAACCGUAAGGCAAGUGGAUCGCGACCUGUUUCUGAGAGAACAAAGGGCUCAUCUCAAAAUCAACAAAACAACAUGACAGAAAAGUCUCAGCAAAGAGCGAAAUCGAGUCUUUUAGAGCGAGAAGAGGAAUAUAAAAGGCUCAAUGCUGAAUUAGAGGCAAAAACCGCAGAAUUGGUUCGAGAGGCCGAAGCCAUAAUGUCAGAACAGGAAAAUUUUCUGCGUUCAUCACCUAGUCAAACACCUGAGAAAGAAAGCACACAAUCGGGAAAUUACGGGGAAAGGUUUAAAAAUUCACGUCAGUCACCCGAUCUCGAAUCUUUAUCGAUUGGCGCAAAGUUUGGUCUGUUGGAUCUUAUUGGUUCCGACGAUGGUAGUAGUGAUAUAGAUGAGAGAAAUAGCACUGCUAGAACGUCUUCGCGUAACACAAAAAGUGCUUCUUCAACUAGGAAAACGGUUUCUGCGAGGCAGUCAGAUCGUAAAACUAUACCCACUUCAGCCCCAAGACCUGCCACACAAUCUUCAAAGAAAAGCGGCAGAAUAUCUCGUAAACAGCCUCGCACAACCACUGCUGACGAUGUCGCAAUUCCAGACGAUUUUGCAACAAAACUUAAUCUUGAUGAUGCUAUUUUAAACAUCGAAAAAAACAUGGGAGAAAAUUUUUCUGCUCGAGAUAUUGAUGAUGAUGAUGAUAUCAUGCCAUCCGCUGCUGUUGAAAUGGGCUCAGAAGCGCAAAUUCGUUUCUUAAAAGCGAAACUCCGAGUCAUGCAAGAAGAGCUUGAGCGACUUUCACAAGAAUGUAGAUCUGGAGCUGAAGACAGAAAAAAGAUGAGUUUAUCGUUAAAAGAAGCAAACGAGGAACAACUCCGAUUGCAAAAAACGAAUAACGCUCAACAAACACAGAUAGAAAAGCACAAACGUCUGUUAGAAGAAGAGAAAAAGAAAUCUGACUCUGUAGGUUCCCAAGUUCAAAAUUUAAGAAAAGAAUUAGAUGGAUUAAAACGUGAACAGAAACAAUCUUCAGUUUCACACAAUGCAACUGAAGUUCGUUUAAAUCGAGCAUUGGAGGAUGCGGAGCGAUACAAAGCACAAUUGCAAAAAGAUAAACUUACAAAUAAAGAAUCAUCAGAGCAUGAUCGUAAAGAGAUGGAUCGUCUUCGCUCUGACAACAAAAGAUUGGAACGAUUGAAAAAUGACAUGAGUACAGUGUUUAAAAAGCAACAAAAAUUGAUCAGUAUUUUGAAAAGACAAAUAUUACAUAUUGAAGCUGCUAAAUUGUUGUCUUUUACUGAAGAAGAGUUUGUGAAAGCAUUGGACUGGGGGAGCAAAUGAACCAAACGAUUUUGUCUUAAAUAUUAAUGUUAAAGGUAUAAUCUGAUGUACCUGAUAUUGAGAGAUAUUCGUACUGUUAUGGACCUGUUAAAAUCUCUAACCGAAAAUAUUUCCAUGAUAUUUUACUCACUUUUGCUGGGGAUGAGAUACUUACUAUACAAGCAAGCACCUCGUUAUCGUGAUCUUUGAGAAAAUGGAAUCAUUCUAAUCUGUCAUAUCAUAUCAAAUUCAUUACACUCUGGUUGAUGUUACUCUGUUUUAACCUUCCUCCGGCCAUUUUGCAUGGGUAUUUUUAAAAUUAUUUUUUUUGUCAACCAUUAAGCCCUAAAGCUUCACUCAUGGCUUUUUAAAAGCGUGUGCUAGAGUUCUAUUCAGCAAUAUAUCUUUUAAACACACUUAUCUAAUAUUAUUUUUUUUAUGCAAAAAAUUUUUGAAAAUUUCUAAUAAAAAACCUUGAUCUUGAGAGAUUUUGUGUCCAGUAGAGGGUUAACCAGGGUGUAAACCCAAGAUUUUUAAUUUUAAUACCAACAAAGCUAAGUUAGUAAUAUACUACCUACGAGGCCGUAUUAUUUGCUGAUUUGAAUCUUUUUUAGUCUGAUGUACUCUUUUUUCAAAUUUGUAAUUCUAAUUAUUUGCAACUACUGCUAAUUAAUUAAUUUCAGCAAUCAAACUUGUAAUUCUGACUAUUUGCAAUUACCGGUAAUUAAUUUAUUGUUGUAAUAUGGAAUUAUUGGAAAUGUUCCUAUAAGCCGGUUUAUUAUUAUUUUACCUCAUUCUGCUGAUUGAGUUUAUGAUUGUCAGCUUUAUCGGAAUGGUGAAUAUUAGCCUUUGAAAUGCUCCAUUGUUAAUACCAUGUUUAAUUGUGGGGUUUUCGUUCGUUUAAUAAAGUCUGAUACUGACUUACCUAUGUUGACAUAGGAGAAUUGUCUUAUUUUAUUGUACUCUUUGUUUGAUCUAUAUUUUUUAGAAA